UUUGAAAAGUAAACUGCGUAGAGGAGUGCAUAACGUCAGAGAAAAUUGAAUUGGACACGGGUCUGAUAACUAAAUCACGAUAAAGACAACUUAUUUGUCAUCAACCGUAGCCUAUGCUAUGGAGUUUUAAUAAGUAACAGGAAUGCGCAGGUUGGGUAGGAACCGCACUGACCCAGAGCCCUGGAUCGAGCAGCUGGUUCUCAACUAUGAGACAGCCAUACCACCGGACAAGGCAGCGAAGGCCACCAUCAUUGGUGUCAAAGAUCUGACCGAUUCCCAAGAUGAGACCGAUGCGAGCUGUGUCCUUUAUCUCUCCGAUGGAGUGGUCCACAUCCCUGCAGUUCUCACAACACAGGCCUGGAGUAGGCUGCAGGAUAUGGAGGAGAGAGAGAGCUACUCCGGUCUGGAGAAUGCCAUUGUCUGUGUGAAGAACCUGCAGCUGAACUUCCACAUGGAGCCUGAGCGGGAAAACUGCCAGUUUUAUGUGACAGUCAAUCAGAUCAGCACCAUUGGCCAGGGGAGCUCCCACAAUGCUGUUCCCAACUGCGCAACAUUGCCGUCCAUUAAAGAGCAGAUCCGCAAAACCUGGAGGUCCAGAGCAGAUGAGGGUUCAUCUCAGUCUCAAAGCAUACUCCGUCUGACAGAUUUAUUGGACGCUUGGGUGACCGAUGGUGGAACUCAGGUCACUCCCCUAGAGGUGAUUGACAGGCCAACCCCACUUUCUGGACCCGCCCCCUCCCUCCAUAACACGGACUUUUCAACUCAGCAUAGCUCCACCCACUCCAGGGUGACCCCGCCCCCUGAGGCCUGUUCCUCAUCCCAUAACAUGCACCUGCCUACUCAAGCCGCACCCUCCCACUGUACUGUGGACUCACCUGCAGGGCCAAGCUCCUCCCACCUCCACCAUGUAGCCCCUCCCACCCGUGGCCAAGGGCCCCAGUCAUUGGCUGAUGGGAGCAAUGCAGCGCUGCUCAGGAAGAUCAUGAGAAGAUUGGCUGAUUCCGCACUGCCGUUGUCUAAAGGGGAUGUGGCCGCUCCUACCCAGUGGCACCGGGAUCGGCUGGCUUAUAAAGAAGAGGAGUGUUUCUCUGUUCCUGUGUGUCAUUUCUUGAGAGAAAGGAUUGCUACGGCAACAGCAGCAUCCACAAGCCACUCACCACCCAGUGGCUUGGCUCCUCCCCUGUCUGACGAGCAGCCAGAUCAGCCAAUCACCACCCAGAAUGAGGACCCAGACCUGUUGCCCUCAUCUGGUGAGAGGAUGGAUGAUUCGCCACGUUCCAGUCGUGAAAUGGAGUCUGUCCAUGAAGGCGGCGGAUGGGAUGUGUUUGCUCCAGUCGUUGAUGUCCUCCGCUCUCUGUCCCCUUCUGAAUUGUCUGCUACUCCAGAGGACCUGCAGGUUCUUCAGAGCCAAUCAGCUUCAGUUCUGCCAGAGAACCUCCCACUCUUGCAGAGCCAAUUAGAUUCAGCCACUGCACAGAAACUACCAGUCAUAGAGCCCCAAUCAGAUUCUGCUACCCCAGAAAAUUUGCCAAUCACCAAGGUCCCCUCAGAUUCCGACACCACAGAGGACGGCCUACUCACGAAGAUCCAAUCAGAUUCAGCGACCCCAGAGAACCUCCCUCUUAUUCACAGCCAAUCAGCUUCAGCCACUCCCAGGAAACUGCCACUCCUGCAGGAACUGACCUCAUUACAGACUCCAGAGAACCUCAGACAUCUGGACAGCCAAUUAGCUUCAACUUCAUUAGAGCAAUUCCCUCUCCACCAAUCACUUUUGGCCCGUCUGAACUCUGCUCCAAUAGGAAGCAGCACACAGAAUGUGUCAUCCAAUGGCAGCGGGGCUCAAAAGACUGGAUCCACCCUUCCGCCCUAUCAGCCACAAUUGCCCCUGGCGAUAAGCCCCUCCCAGCGUUCCACCCCUCGUCUGUCUCCAGAGGAGGAGGACAGCAAAGCCCCCAGGAGCCCCCCGUCAUGGAUAGUGCAAACACAGCAGACAGGAAGUAACCACGCCGAGGCAGGAAGUCCACCUAAACGGCGCAUGUUCUCCUUGCCGUCCGAGCAGAGCUGGGUUCACAAAGACGGUUCUGCGUUCAGCUACAAAUACCAGGCGUCCGUGCAGGACCGGUGUGCCCUGGGCCGCUUCACCGUUCAUCCGGAGAUGAUCCAGUGGUCCGUGAGAUACCUUCUGGCGCCGCCUCACACGUCAGCAGCAGAGUGUGACCUGAAGGGGGCGCCAAAGCCCUGAAGGGAACUCGGCAGCUUUAUCCCAUUGGCCCAUACAGCGUCGUGUUAAUGUGUUUUGUAAAUAUAUGUAAUAAAAAUUGUU